AUGGGGGUGACAGGUGCCAAUGGAUUUCCCUGCUGUGGCAAGGAGUCAGUGGACAUUGUGGAGACACAGAGUGGCCUAAGCCAACACCAGCUGGUACCAGAGGAAGAUGAGAUCGAGGUAACAGUGGGCAGGGGCACCUCUUCGGGGGAGGUGCAGGUCUCUGCCAAGAGGCAAGAGGAGGGGACAAAGGCAGGAGAGUGGGAUGGAGAAUUGGCCCCAGAAGGACCUCAGGGGCCAGGGGCCUCCUCAGCGUCAGUUGAAACUUUCCAGCUGAAGAAAGAAUUGCUAGAACUGGAGCCCCCACACAAAGUGGACCUGGUCCUGGAGCCAGAACUGGAGCUGGAGGUGGAGUCCGAGCCCAAGGACCCUGAGCAACUGGAGUCUAGGACAGAGUCCCUCCAGCCCCCCACGCAGCAGGACGUCAGCCAGUGGAGUGUGAGGUCAAAUUCUAGCUACCUGAGUUCGGUAGAGGAGGACCAGGCGUCCACCAACCAUCGCUCUAUCUGCGUGCAGACCUCUAAGCACCUCUUCUGGGCAGACAAACAUAUCCAGGCCUCAGAGCACAGCCUGGAGCGGGGGAUCAACAUGCAGAGUGGCAAGAACACAGGUAAGACCACUAGCUGUCAGGACCAGCAGUCUGACCCCAAGGACACCAUGUGCUCCAAGAAGCAGCUCCAGAACCCCAGUGCCCAGCCAGCUCCGCCCACCACCAACUCCCAGCAGCCCCCAAACCCCCACCCAUCCUCCUCCAGUCUCUCACCAGGCAUCGGCCUGGCAGAUCUGGUCAACCUUGCCUCUUCCUUGGCCGUGGCCUCCUCCAGCAAGAUGGACUUGCCCAACUUGGAGCAUAUGAUCAAAGCUCCACCUCAGAAGGUCGAGGCACCUUCUACAGAUCCCGAUAUCCAGCUGGCCAUGGACCAGCCAGAGAAGGAAAAGCUCAUUAAGGACUUGCUAGAGAAACCACUUAAAGCCGAGGAGUCACAGAAAGCUUGGAAGCAGGAAGACAAGAACUUCUUCCACCCUUACCCCGGCUUCAGCAAGCCGGGGAUCAAGAGGGCCAGCUUUGAAGGAGAAGUGAAGCUUCUCCAGCAACAGGCCAGGUCCCCUCCACCUAAAGGAGUCGUGAAAGGGUAA